GAUCAGCCGUUACAGGAGCCGGAGCUGCCUAUUAAGCUCGAUCAAGAUGACAACCUCCCCAAAGCAUCGAGACUUCGUGGCAGAGCCUAUGGGGGAAAAGCCAGUGGGGAGCCUGGCUGGGAUUGGUGAAGUCCUGGGCAAGAAGCUGGAGGAAAGGGGAUUUGAAAAGGCAUAUGUUGUCCUUGGUCAGUUUCUGGUGCUAAAGAAAGACAAAGACCUCUUCCGGGAAUGCCUCAAGGACACAUGUGGCGCUAAUGCCAAGCAGUCCCGGGACUGAUUUGGGUGCCUUCGAGAAUGGUGUGAUGCCUUCUUGUGAUGUUCUCUGGGGAGCCCUCAAUCCCCAGCCCCAUUAUCAAGUCUCCAGAGUUUGCAGCUGAGUGGGGCUCCUUGUCCUCUACAAAGGAAAAGAUUGCUGUUGUCUACUCCAGGGUCUUUGGGAGUUCUCUCCCCUCACCAUUUCAAUCUUUUUGGAAUUUUUGCUCUUGCAUGCAACUCCCUUUAUCUUUCCCCUGCCAGUUCCAUGGAAACCAUUAACCAGCUUUUCUGAUUGGAUUUCUGGCCCCUUCCCUCACCCCCACCUUCACC